AUGACCAAGAUCACUCUUUCUCUCGCCAUUGCCUCGGCGCUUUUGGCGAGCCGCGUUUCGGCACAGAAUGGACCCGACCCGCGCGCGACCACCGACCUGAACCGCAACCAGCCCACCAAGUCAUGGACGCAGUGGCAGCCCAAGGCCACGUAUGCACUCAACGAGCUGCCGGACCAGUACAUGGGCUCCAACCGUAUCGAGUCGGGCGAGGGUGGACAGCCCGGUGGUGAGCCGCAGUCGGGCUACAACACGUGUGCGCGCAACACGUGGAACCAGGACUCGCGCUGCCAGACCGCAUGGAUCAACUCGCUCGACGACUUCUGUCUCUGGGGUCCUGCCGAGUACGGCACCGUGGGCGAGAAGGAGCGUUCCGGUGUCGCCUACUGCACCACCGACAAGCACGGCACGCGUCUGAUUCCGGACGGUACGAUUGAGGGUGCGCACUUUGUGCGCACACGCGACUACGUCCAGGUUACGGGCGUGGGUGACUUUACCAGCAUCCUCAUCCCCGACGGUGAUGAUGGAGGAGAGUUCGACCCUCACGGUGCGGAUGACCUGGGUAACCCCAUCGGCGGUAUCCUCUACACCACCGCCAACCCGGCCUCGAACGGCGAGCCGUGGUUCGUGAGUGAGUGGACCAACUUCAUGUCGUACAACCAGUUCUGCCUGCGUGCAUGCUGGGGUCAGCGUGCAGCCGCACAGUGCGAACAUAUCUACGACGUCAUGGGUUGCAGGUGGAACAUCCCCGCCAACUACGAUGCAGGCGUGUUCGAGUCGUGCGAUGGCGACAUUGCCAUGCUCCAGGGCAUCUACGGCAGCUCCACCUUCCGUCAGGGCGAUGCUGCCACACCCUCCGCCCACCCGGCUCCCGCUAGCAGCCAGUGCUCCACCGCCAGGACCAUCAGCCACGGCCUCCUCGCUGUCAGCCAGGCUCAGAGCUCGUCGUCGGCAGAGCCUACCUCGUCGGCUGCUUCCGCCUCCGCUGCUGCCGGUAGCACCUCGACCAUGUCCAGGGUCCAGUCGGCCGCUACUUCGCCCGUGUCGGCGGGCAACACUGGUAGCUCCACCGGCAACUCGGGCAGCAGCACCCCGCAGAACAACGCCGCUUCGGGCGCCGCCUCGCUCGCCAUCCCCGUGGCACUCACCGGCCUCGCUGCCAUUGCCGCCGCCGCUCUCGCACUUUAA